UCAUAGAGAAAUUUCAUCGCUUUCAUUGAACGCGGACGUUCUCCAUACGGAAAAAUUCCACUGCAGUCGAAUCAGAGGAUUUUUCUCGUUUGCCGAGUCCCGCGACGCGUUUACAAUUAAUAUGGCCGCAUGUAAAUAAUAAGCAUAGUUGAAUAAGUCGAAAAGUUUCCUUUAUUGUUUGCCAACCGAACGUACGUGCAUUCUUCAAGUGAUAAUAAUUUUCAUAAUUUCCGCCGCCACGAAAAAAAUUUGUGACUUCGCCUCACACCGAAUGUCUGUUCCGAAAUAGUUGUGAAAGGGAAAAAUAAAAGAAGCCAGAAAGACGAAGCAAUGCACUCCGGUGAAAUUUGAUGUGUUGUUGGUGUGUUUUUGAUCGCGGAUUUGGUCAAUCGUCGACGCAGUGAUUAAUUCCGGAAUAGUCCAAUUUUAGCCCGCGAAGAUUUUCGGGCGGCAGUGAAAAGAAUUUGGCUCGCAUUGGACAGUGGGGUGGGUGCAAUUAACUCCACUGCAACUGUCUGCCGCUUCCGCACUGAUGCGCGUAAUUGGGAAGUUGUGAAAAUUUUCACCGUCUGGUCACGAACUGCGAGUGGGAGUAGCUGAACGAACAAUUGGCGUUCAUCAUCUGAAAAUAUUAUCAUUUUCAUCCAACAAUUACAUUUAAUCAAGUGCAAUGCAUCACACAACACGUCCACAACAUAUCCGUCAUCAUAUGGGCCAUCAUCAGCAGCAUCAACAGCAUCAAGGACCAAUACAUCAUCAACAUCCACCACCGUCAGCAACUGCAGUAGGAAUGAAUAUGGGUCCUCAACCAGUUGGUGGUCCACAACAGCAUCAUAUGGGCGCAAAUGUUACAACUGCACCCCCUCCGCCACAUGGAUCAAAUCCUCCCAUUGGACAAUACAUUCCACCACAUCAAAGAAACGAUUUGAAUAGGUUUAGCCACCACAAUCCACCACGCUUACCACAACAGCCGAUGCAUCAACAAUCAUCGCAGUCCAAACUACGUUCCAAUGCUGUUAAUCAUCCUAAUGGACUGUUGGCGACAUCGUCAAUGCCCCCACCAUCUCAACAAGGGCAACAUCCACAACAUCAUCAGCAGGGACAGCCGCAAUCACAACAGUCACAUCCGAAGCAGUUCCAUCAAGGAGGUGCUAUACUUCCACAUCAGGGUGGUCUUUCGAAGAAUCAGGGUCCCCUAAAACACACUGGUCAGCCGUUUCCACAUAAAUUAUCAUCGAGUCCCCCGAAAAAGAUACUUUCACAUCUAUCCCAUCCACCUCCAAAUAUGGGCGGAAAUCAAAUUAAACCCGCACAAUUUCAAGCUUCGAAUACUUCCCCCAUUACAAAUGGUUCUACCAUAAAUCUGCCUAGCUCGAAACCUCAAAGUAACAUUCAAAAACAUGUAACGAUUCUUACAAAACCACCUCCGUCUAUUCCUCAAAUACCGAUUACGCAACCACCGCCGCAAAUUCCUCAAUCAAAUGCUAUGUCAAUUCCACCCCCAAAUGUUGUAUCGUCUACACAAAUGCAGCAGCUACAAAAUGUCCAGGAAGAUUCGCAACAGCAUUCGAAUAUUCCGUCAAGUACGAUGCAGCAGCAGUUGAUGGAGAAACAACAAGUGAUCCAGCAACAACAGCAACAAAAACCAUUGAAAUCUGCAUCAGCUCAAUUGCAGUCUUCACAUAACAUUUCAAACCAAACGACAAUCUCGUCUACAACUAAUUCUGUACUGGUUUCCAUAACACAUCAGCAAACACAACAGACUGUCGUUGUCCAGCAGCAGCAGCAGCAAGCCCAGGCGCAGCAAACAGCUCGACAAGGACAGCCUCUUGAAAACCAAUCACCGAUCGUAUCAAUCUUACAAAAUAAUACGGCAGCUAAUAAAGCUAGUUUUUGUGAAAAUAAUGUCGUAUCAAGUAACGUAACCAAGGAAAUAAGUUCAGAACUAAAUAGUAGCGAUGUCGUUAGCUCAUUAAAUGAUAGCUUGGCAAACAAUAAAGAAAAGACUCCGAUGUGCUUAGUUAAUGAAUUAGCACGUUAUAAUAGGAUUCAACAUCAAUAUCGUCUAACGAGUGAAACUGGCCCAGCGCAUGCUAAACGUUUCACUGUCACUCUUAAGCUGGGCGAGGAAGAAUAUACUGCCGAAGGUUUGAGCAUAAAGAAAGCUCAACAUUUGGCAGCAGCAGAUGCGAUCUCAAAAACCAAAUAUCAGCAUCCACCGCCGAAAUCGCAUCGGUUGAAAAACAAGUUGAAGGCAGGAGUGGGGACCAUUACUCCUACAGUUGAACUGAAUGCUCUUGCCAUGAAACUUGGUGAACCAACUAUUUAUUUGCUCGAUAAUCAGUCAAUCGGCGAUGGAAAUGUCCAUAGUAAUGUCAGAUGUCUUCCAAAUAAUGUUGGUGCAGGUCAACAACAUGUUGUUUCGUCAAGUCCAAUGGCCGUUGCAGGUGGGCAACAAGGACCUCAGCAACCACCGCCAUAUGUACCUCACCAACAGACUAAUGCCCCCAAUUAUUUUGCACCGAACCAGUAUCAAAACUUCAAUCGUCCAAAUGUUCCAAAUGGAAUGUAUAAUUCGACACGGUUUCCUGGGUAUUAUCCCAAACGCCCAUUUAUUAAGGGUCCAAUGAAAUUUGCUCCGAAUGAUCGUAUGAUUCCUUAUAAUAAUACCAAGGAUCCUUGCCGUGUAACUCUAGUUGUAGGAUCGAGAAGGUUCGUAGGUGUCGGCUCAUCACUCCAAGCCGCUCGGCACGAUGCUGCAACGAGAGCCCUGGAAGUGAUCAAACCUUUAGUUAACGAAGAAACUAGUGAUGUCAGUAAUGACACUAGUACAGAAGAUGCAAAUUCCGACUUGAAAUCGCCUAUUUCCCUAGUACAUGAGAUUGCUUUGAAACGAAACUUUUCCGUGGUCUUUGAGGUGGUUAGUGAACGAGGUCCACCACACAUGAAAACAUUUGUAACAAAAUGUAAAGUCGGUGACAUUGUGACUGAAGGCGAAGGUAAUGGAAAGAAACUUUCAAAGAAACGGGCUGCAAUGUGUAUGCUAGAAGAGUUACGUAAGUUACCUCCAGUUUCUCCAUCGCGGAUUGUUCAAACCCCCGCCAAACUGAAGGCUGCUCAGAAGCAACGUAAACCUCAACCUGUGAAACGAAAAUCACGGAACAUAAUCAAGGAACAAUCUCAAGGCGGGGAAAUUGAAGAAGAAGUCAACCCCAUAUCGAAACUUAUUCAAAUUCAGCAGGCACUGAAAGAGCGUGAGCCAGUUUAUACAGUCGUCGAGGAGCGUGGAGCGCCCAGACGACGUGAGUUUGUGAUAGAAGUCAGUGCAAGUGGUCGCACAGCACGUGGAAUUGGAACCAACAAGAAGAUGGCUAAGCGACUCGCUGCUGAAAAUCUUCUCGCUUUGCUUGGCUAUAACACAUCCACAUCAAACGUAUCGAAAGACAUCACCAAGCUUGUAAACAACAACACGACAAGCAACAAUAAUAACAUUGAAAGCAUAAAUGAAAACUCAGCGCAGCGCGUUAAGUACAUGGAAAAUGUUGAUCCGAAACCUGCAGCUAACGUCGGGUCAAACAACCAAGGUCGGCAAAUUGUUCCUGGAAUAAUUUUAAUGCAACAGCAGCAAUUGCCUCAAUCACAGCAACAAAUAUGUGGAAUGGUCCCCACAAUGAAGUCUACACCUGUGAAUGGAACGAAACUUGAGAGUGAAUCAGCAGUUAGUACUACAAGUUCAUCCUCGUCGGGAUAUUCAAGCGGAGGAGCACGCCCAAAGGAUCAGCUUUUAUAUUUGGGUCAGCUCUUGGGCUUCGAGGUCCAAUAUUCAGAUUAUCCAAAAGGCAAUCACGGUGCAUAUUUAUCGAUUGUGACCCUAUCAACUGAUCCACCACAGCUAUGUCAUGGAUCCGGAAAUAAAAUAGAAGAGUCCCAAGAUGAAGCUUCACUCACUGCAUUGCGACUUCUGAGUGAACUCGGGUUGGAUAAUGUUAAGCCGAAAAAGUCAAAUCCCGAAGAGAUUAAAACAUAGAAUGACUAAAGUCAUGGUAGAGGAGAAAAGUACAUCUUACCAAAAAUAGAAUCUCAUUGUUUCAGUUUAUUUAUUUAUUUAUUAUUGGAUCAAAUAUGUUAAUUAAUGCGUUAUAGGUUUUUCUCCGAAGAAGAAAAUGAUUGAAGAUUUAUUUUGCAAACGGAUGAAGUGAUAUAUCUUUGAGUUUAAUUCGAAUUUAAUUUAUCACAUUUCUAUUUGCACUGCACAGCAUGAAUAAGGAAUAAAAUGAAAUUUAACUUCGAUAUCAAGUAAAGAAUAGAAAAUAUAUAUAUUUUUAUUGAACAAUGAUUUAUUCAUAUUUAUCAAGAAGUGUUGAAAUUAUAUUCUUCUAAGAUGGUGAGAUCUCCAUUCGUCAAAAUGUGACGAUGAGAGAAAAAAAUGGAAUGUCAUAAUUCAAAACUACUUUCAAAAUUUUGCUAUGAAUAUUGAAAAGGGCACUAACAUUAUGCACUGUAAUAUUACGUAGCGAUAUUGUGAGCAAAAUUGAAAAGUGAAGUAGAUUUGAAUUAUAUACAAAACGCAAUAUUUUGCAGAACUGAAAAGCAAAAGUUUUUCCAAUAACAUGAGGCCAUAUUGAUGAAGCAUGAAAAUAUUAUGAAUACAUGCAAAAAGGAGGCAAUGCAUUCAUUCAAAAAUACGAGGACUCGACGAAUCGAAAAAAAUAUUUGAUUUAAGAGAUAUUUGCUAGAAGUGUAGUGCGACAAAUUGAUUACCAUAUACCUAAAAUAAUAUCGGAAACGAAUAUUUCAUCCACACAACUCUAGAUUAUCACUCGGAAAUUCUUUGUCCAUAGUUCCUGGAGUACCCUAAACAUUGCCAACUAAAUUUUGAAAUAGUAAACUCCAAUCAUUCACUGACAAUAGGAUAACAGGAGCUCAUGCCGGACAUUUUCAAGCCAACUUUUGUAGUUUGACACGAAAUAUUAUUUGUUUAUGGUGGAAAAUUAUGGAACAUUUCCUGCGAAGAUUCUUCGCUAUCUUAGUAUUCGUACAAAGCUAGAUUCGCAGAUUUAUUGGCAUUUAGUUUCUAUCUCUAACUAUUCUAGUUGGUUCUGGGAGCAUGAAGGCAAUGAGCAAACAAUAACUUUGCAGCCAUACACGGAAAUUUAGAAAUAGAUUUAAUAUGUAGUAAGCCACAUUGAAAUAUGUAACAUCUACAGCGUACAGGAUUAGAAUCUGGAAAAUUCGCAGCAUUACUGCAGUCUUUGGCAGCUAUUGAACAUUUGUGACUUUGAGGAAAACUUGAAAUUGUGUCGAAAUUUAUCUGGAUUAAUAUAAAUAUACGAUUAAGUAACCUUCAAUGACUAAUAUGUACGGUGUAGUGAUCUCUUAUAUUAGGCACAUGGUAAUUGAUGUUUUCUUUCCAUUUAAAUAUUCAUAUUUGUGUAUUGUCUUGAAUACAUUUAGUCUUAACUUAUGGUCAAUUUUUAUAUUUCGCUGAUCUUUAUAAAUGUCAUGGAAAUCACAUUAUAUUGGUCAGUGAGUUGGGCGUGUGUUGAUGGGAGUGGAAAUGUGGAAAGCUUGGAUCUUACAUAGGCACAACGUAGAUUUCUGGUGAGCUGCAGUGAGUGAGGCCAGUUUAGUGAAGUGAUAUUUGCAUUCAACUCUCGGUGUAAAAGUGCGAUUUCCGCUGAGCGUUGAGUGCUACAAUCACAGUCGGUAUAAUUACCGCUGAGCACACUGGAAUCCCCUUCGCAGCUAUUUCUAAAGAAAUCGGUGGAACUAUUGUGGACCCAACCAGUAAAGUCAGAAGGGAGAAUACUACUCCGUCUACUUGCUGGUCAGUUUGUGCUGCUGUAUAAAAAUUGGCCACUAUAUAUUAUUCAAGUAAUAUAAAAGUAAAUGUAUUUGAAUUAAUAUUAAUAUAAUCUAUAUAUGAAAACAAAUAUCAUGAGAUUAUGAAAUGGGUGAGGUUUGUACAUCUCCUAUAUGAUUUCUGUAGAAACGCAAGGUAAAUCUUUACGGGAUGUAUACAAAUCGGCAGCUAUGAAAUUUUGGAGGUUGGUACCAAAACUCGUCAAAACAACUCGUUGAAUACUUUUAAAUAUUUAUAUUCUCUUAAUUUAUACUGAAUUAUUGUUAUUAUUUGUGUUAAUAGGUUUAUUCCACUGAUCAGUAUUCUAGUAAUCAGUAACAUGGCCUAAAUUUCUAAACAGGUUGGUAAUUCUUAUUUAAACGACUUAGUUUGUGGCAGGGUCAGCGAUUCUCCCGAUGAUGUACUCCAUUGGAUAAAGUAAUUCUAUAGGCACGAAGGAUAUGUAUUUUUAUCGUAUUAGAAUUACCAGAAAAGAAAGUAAUACGACCCUCACUCUAAUUAUUUAUAAAUUGCUAAUAAUCCAGAAAAAAAGUUCACUUUGAAACUGCCACAUUCUUCAAACCACUUGAGUUCACUCUAAUGUUACUUUAUUAAGUGUGCGGAUUGACGAUAAGUUUUGUUGAAAAAGUUUCGAGUUGUUUUGACACAUGUUCGUAGUAAAGAACUAGAAAACGGAAACAUAUUCAAAGGAUGGUUGUAUAUUCUUGAUUGAAUUUUUCUUUCCUAUUCAUAUAUCUCCCAUUCGUGGUGUAAAGGUCCUGGAUGAACAUUAUCACAUAAAAGCAUAAAAAAAAUGAGAUUUGUUAAAUUUUAUUUUCUUUACUAUAAACAGAAACGAACAGAAUGUUUGAUUAAGUUGAUGGAGAAAUUUUAAAGUGUAGAAAAUAAAAAGAAAAGAAAUAAAUAUGAAACAAAACAAAAAAAAAUAUUUAUGUGAAAAAUUGAAUAUUUGAAAAUGUAUAGAUUUUAAGUUUAUUUAAAUUGCUAAUAAAUCUUAUUGACAAAAGUGUUGAAAGCAGA